CGCUGGGUUCAGAUCGUCUCUCUACACGGUUUGAAUCUGAUUACUGAGCUGAUCAGAGAACUGAAACCAGGAGCUCAUCAACAAUCCGAAUCUGAUCUCCAGGUUCCAGUGUGAGUGAUGGCGGCGUUGCUGCGUUUGCUCCUGAACGUCUCCGAGAAGGCGGCUAACGUGGCCCGAGUGUGCAGGCAGGAGGCGCCGCUGUUCGAGCUGCUGGUGCAGGAGAAAACCGGCGCCGACAAGAACAAAAAGUUCGUCCAGGACUUCAAGACGCUGGCGGACGUGGUGAUCCAGGAGAUGAUCCGACACGACGUCUGCAAACAGUUUCCGGAGCUGAACGACUUCAUUUAUGGAGAAGAAUCCAACAAGUUUGAGAAUGGACUCGGAGAGAACGUGACCGUCACCGUGUGUCCUAAAGAAGAGGAAACGGCGGCGCUGUUGGCUAAAGUUCUGGAUGGAGACCAGACCGCGGCGUCUCUCCUGAGCAGAGCCAUCCAUCAGGACCUGCGGCUCAGAGACGAGCAGGCCGAAGCCCUGCAGAUCCCUCUGAGACCCGAAGAUCUGGCCAUCUGGAUCGACCCUAUUGACGGUACCAGUCAGUACAUCGAAGGGAAGGAGGAGGAGGUAUCGGAGGACAGGUUCUGCGCCUCGGGGCUUCCCUGUGCGCUGGUCCUGAUUGGGGUUUACCUGCGAGCCACUGGAGAACCCGUGAUGGGCGUGGUAAAUCAGCCGUUCACCCGCAAAGACUCAUCAGGGAAGGGAUGGACGGGCAGGUAUUUCUGGGGAGUUUCGUACGGAGACCUCAACGUUUGUUCCUUCACGCCCCGAAAACGUCCUGACGGGAGGGACCCUGUGCUCCUGUCGGCGGUGCUGAGCUCCAGCGAGAGGCAGGGCGUGAAGGACGCUCUAGUGCCGCUCUGCGAUAACCGGCUGGUCUACGCGUCGGGGGCCGGCUAUAAGAUCCUGUGUGUGCUCCUGGGUCUGAUGGACACGUACGUGCUCUCGGAGGGAAGCACCUACAAGUGGGACUCGUGCGCCCCCCACGCCAUACUCCGCGCCCUGGGAGGGGGCAUCGCCGACCUCACCGCGUGUCUUUCCGCCAACAGGAACGGGAACAAGGACCUCAGCGUGGAACUGACCUAUAACAACCCUCGGGACGGGUGCCAGGGGGCGGAGAGGUGGGCCAACCACGGCGGGCUGGUGGCGUAUUUGGACUCGGCGGUUCUCGGCAGGGUCGUCGAUGCGCUGGUGGAAAAAAUGUAGGGCAGUUUUAUGUGAUUUUAUGUGAUUUUAUGUUUACUGUCGGGAGUUUUAUGGCACCUCGGUGAUUCGUUCGAUAAUGUGGGACGUUUUAUGAUGUCAUUACUUUGUCGCGUGGCCUCAUUCCUCGUUACUGAUUAUGGUUGAGUACAGAAGGUGUCCAUAUAAAUAGGGCUAGUUUGCCUGCAUCCAUAGUAGAGUAUUUAAGCAGCGGCCUCAAAAAAAAGAAAAGCCAACCUGUCGUCUUAUGCUGAGAAGAAAAUUUGAACUGACUUAAUAUUAGAAGCUGCUAGAAUGUGGGUGACACUGUCCAAAGUCAAGCGAGCUUUACAGUCACAUGACUGAUAUACAGCUGCAGCAUCAUUCAUAUUUAUUUUUACCUACAAUAUCAUAAUAUAAUUGUAAUCAUUGAUAUCAGCACAUAUGUAAUGCUGUGUGUGUCUAUAUAUUUAUGACAGAUAAUAUAUAUAUAUACACACACAUAAUAUGGACAAAAGUAUUGGGACACCCUUUUUCCUUAUAAUUACUGAAUGAAUGUGAUUCAGCCUCAACAGUUGCUAACAGGUGUAAUAAAUCAAGAAUAUAAUGAUAGAAGGAAAUAAUAUGCUUCCAACUGUGCAACAGCAGUUUAGGGAAGGCCCUUAGCUCCACUUAGCAGCUCUGGAAUGAACCGGAACAUCAAAUGGUGCUUUCAACCAGCCUUACAAAUGCUAUCUUUUGACAUACUUCAAAGUCUUGUGAGAAGCCUUCUCAGAAGAGGUCAGUCUACUUUAAUGCUGUUUGUUUUAAAAUGGGACGUCCUACACACUAAAACCCGGUGUCCAGAUACUUUUGGCCAUAUAGGGUGUAAGAGGGAGAGAGAUUUAAUGCUAUAGACGUAUGUUAGAUGUUUUACAGAGCUAUUCUAAUAAAGGAAGCUGACAUAAUUUUGUAGUUAUUUUAUUGACAUGUAUUAAAUUUAGUUAGGUUCUAUUUUACUCAUCAUGCAAUAUUGUUUUGUUUUCUCUUUAUGUAAAGAUGCAGAUAUCCUGCUUUUAAAAUUAAAGAUGUAUCAUACUUUCUAA